CAUGGACGCGCCGCAGGUAAAGCACAGGUGUAUUGUCCAGCAGAUUGAAGCCGACUCACCCGGAACAGAAGCUCUGAAGAAAGCUUAAUUUUGCUCAUCACUGCUGGAUGGUUCAGAGAUGGUGGUGGAGUGAGAACUUGAGGCUAAAUUAAAAUCAUCCAUUUUUAGAACGGAAGCCGAGUUUUAUUCUCACCUCAACUGACUUCUUGUGUGCGAUUGUGAAGUUUAAUGGAGUAACUGAUAUUCACAUCAGAUUGGAUUAUCGUGUGGGUUUUUUUUCCGUUCACUAUGGAUUUACGCAUCGCCCGACGAACAGGAGUCUUGCUCGUUAUUUUCUUAUUUUUAAGUCUUCUCCAUGGCUCCAGAGGGGAAAUCCCACCCAGACCAACCCCCGGUGUCACCAUUGUGCCCCCAGUUAACCCCAAUGGUGAUCCUCAGGCCUUUCCAGACGCGGAAAAGCAAAAUUUACCAGUGUUUACAAUGAAUUACCCAAGAAUACAGAUACCGUUUGAGAUCACUCUGUGGGUGCUGCUGGCUUCAUUCGCAAAGAUUGGUUUCCAUGUGUACCACAAAAUAACCAUCUGGGUGCCAGAGACCUGCCUUCUGAUCAGCAUUGGUUUGAUUGUGGGUGGCAUCAUGCACUCUGUCCACGAGGAGCCCCCUGCUGUGCUCACCAGCAAUGUCUUCUUCCUCUACAUGCUGCCUCCCAUCGUCCUGGACUCGGGCUACUUCAUGCCCACCAGGCCUUUCUUUGAGAACAUUGGCACGGUGCUGUGGUUUGCAGUGGUGGGGACUCUGUGGAACAGCAUUGGCAUUGGCAUGUCUCUGUUUGCCAUAUGCCAGAUUGAGGCGUUUGGUGUGCAGGACAUCAACCUCCAGGAGAACCUGCUGUUUGCCACCAUCAUCUCAGCCGUGGACCCAGUGGCCGUGCUGAGUGUGUUUGAGGAUGUGUCUGUCAACGAGCAGCUCUACAUCGUGGUGUUUGGGGAAUGCCUCUUCAAUGACGCCAUCACUGUGGUGCUGUACAACAUGUUCAACUUCGUGGCGGAGAUGCCUGUGGUGGAGCCAGUGGAUGUUUUCCUGGGGGUGGCGAGGUUCUUUGUGGUGGGGCUAGGUGGGAUGGGCUUUGGCAUCCUGUUUGGCUUUGUGGCUGCCUUCACCACAAGAUUUACCUCCAAAGUCAGAGAAAUUGAGCCACUUUUCAUAUUCAUGUACAGCUACCUGGCCUAUCUGGUGGCCGAGCUCUUCGCCAUCUCAUCCAUCAUGGCCAUUGUGACCUGUGCCCUGACCAUGAAGUACUACGUGGAGGAAAAUGUUUCUCAGCGUUCCUGCACAACCAUCCGCCAUGUGGUCAAGAUGCUUGGCUCCAUCUCAGAGACCCUCAUCUUCUUCUUCCUGGGGGUUGUCACCAUAACGACAGAACACGAGUGGAACUGGGGCUACAUCAUGUUCACGUUACUGUUUGCUUUUCUAUGGAGAGGUCUGGGUGUCUUAGUGCUGACUCAGAUCAUAAACCCUUUCCGCACCAUCCCAUUUAACAUGAAAGAUCAAUUUGGACUGGCCUACGGUGGCCUACGAGGUGCAAUUUCAUUCGCCUUGGUGUUCACCCUUCCCGAGAACAUCGGGCGCAAGCAGCUCUUCGUCACCGCCACCAUCGCUAUCAUCCUCUUCACUGUCUUUAUUCAGGGCAUCAGUAUCCGACCUCUGAUUGAGUACAUCAAUGUCCGCAGAACCAACCGCAACCUUGAGACCAUUAAUGUGGAGAUUCACUGCAGGCUCAUGGAGCACACCAUAGCCGGCAUAGAGGACCUCUGUGGACAGUGGAGCCACUUCUACUGGAAGGACAAGUUUAUGAAGUUCAACAAUCGAAUCCUUCGAAGGAUCCUGAUCCGAGAAAACCGGGCCGAGUCCAGUAUCGUGGCGCUGUAUAAGAAGCUGGAGCUGCAGAAUGCUAUGGAGAUCCUGGACACGGUGUCUGGGGACAUCAGUGCUGCUCCGUCCAUCGUCUCUCUCUAUGAGGAAAAGAAAAGUUCUUCUAAGCCUAAGAAGAAGUUCCUGGCUUCUGACCUGAGGAACAUGCACGACAUCCUGUCCAAGAACAUGUACAAGAUCAGGCAACGGACGGUGUCAUACACAACAAAGCAUGCCCUUCCCAAUGACAGCCAUGCGAGAGAGAUACUGAUCAGACGUCAUGCAAGCAUCCGUCGAAGCCUCCGAUCUGGCAGCUUUCAGACCUCGGUGGUGCCAAAAUCUCAUAAAUACCUCUCUCUUCCUGCGGGAAAAAGUCUGGACUUAAGAUUUCCUCCUGCCAGGCUGAGCUACACAGAUGAUCAGGAAACAAUGUCAGAGGUGGCGUACCCCGCCAGUCGCUCCCGGUUUCGGUCUGUACGCUCCUCCUCUGGAGCCAUGAUGCCUCUACGCAGGUUGGACACUCUCGAAGAGGUGUCCUCUGUUGACAAGCUGGAUGAAGGCACAGUGGAGGAGAGAGGCCAUGCAGCGCCUGGCAGAUUCAGAACAAAGUCCUCCUCCAGUGAUUCCCAUAUUCCUGCUUCUCGCCGUCACCUCCACUCCUCUGUUGACGACAACAGUGCCUCAGCUGAUAACUUUAGAAACGGGCAUCGCGAAGCAGAUGAGGACGAGGAGCGUUCAUCCUCAACUCCAGCCUGGGCUGCCGAACCCAGAGACAACGCAGCACAAAACCCUCUGCUCAGACGGCCUCAAUGGAACCCAAAGAAGAUGUAGACGUGUACCUGGGCUUUCACGGGGCAGCUGGAUUGCCACAGACUCAGGAUUAUCAAGACUCAAGCAGCUCCAGGGUCUCUACAUAAAACUGUCUAUUUAUACAAAGUACAUUAACACUGAAGGUCCAUUGAUUUCUUAUUAGAGGCGAUCCACCUUCCAAAAUGAGCCAAAAUAGAUGGUUAGGUGAAAGGUGUCAGCCAUAUCAGAAGCUCAGUGCACUAAAGUGAAGGAACAGUGUGUGAGCUGUCAACAGUGAGUCAUUCUGCCAAUCUGUGUAGUUAUUUCAAACAUUUACAACACUGUGAUUUUAAAUACUUAUCUUCCCAUAGGUUUUUUAAAUGUUUAAAUAUGAUGUUAUUUAAAUGAUUUUAUUCUGAGUAAUUAUUACUUAGUUCUUACAUGUAAAUAUACUUUUUCUAUUUCAUUUCCUUUUAUGUAACAGUUGUAUGAUUGAUGAUACAGGUUUUGUAUGUAGGUCGUAUUAGUUUAACGUGAACUAUUGCUGUGCAGUACAAAGUACUUACUGGAGGAACUGGAAGUGUUUAGUCUGAUGAACCUCACAAAUCUGGACUCAUUUUUUCCUUUGUAAUAAAUGUUCUAUACUGUUGAAAGCUG